AUGACGGAAAUGAGCCUUCAGGAGUGUUUCGACGUGGUUGGAGGCAGCGGCGCAUGCGUGGAGCCUGGCGGCUUCAGCUCCUCCCCCGCUCGCGGCCCACCGCGUAGAGGAGCAGUAACUCUUAGUAUUUUAAAAACUCCUCGAACACCUCUUUGUGACUUAGGCAGUGGAAAUGAAUUAAUUCAAGACUACAAUGUUGAGAAACGUCAGAAAAACUCUAGACGUGUGAGUUUUGCAGAGACCAUAAGAAAUGAAGAACCAGAAGCUACCAAAUAUGAGAUCACUGGGAUGAACACUUUACUUCAUGCCCCUAUCCACACUUUGCAACAAAUGGAGUGUCUUGAUGCCAACACGUUGAACAAGAUGGAUAGAACACUGAUUUUUUCAGAACAAAAUGAAAUGGAUAUGACAUCUGGCCACACAAUCUUGAUUACCCAUAACACUGAAAUCUGUCAAGAAAUUGACAAACCCCAGAAAAUAGAUUUUGAAUCAUUUUCACCUGAGAUAAAACUGGAAAAAAAAUGUUCACAAGUUACUGAAACCAGCUUCUUCAAUAGCUCUGUGAAGGUGAAUGAGAGUAAUUUAUCUCAGCAGAAGACAAACCCUGAAAAGAUACAGAAAAUUAAUUUUGGAGAGUUUUUGGAAAGUUUAAGGUCCACUAAGUUGUCUUCUGCACCCUGUAGUGAUACUGUUCCUUCAGCUGCAGCAGUUUCAGAAAGAAGCACAUAUUCUAAGCAAAACAUAUGUUCUCAUUUGCAAGCAGAAAAUUGCAACAUGACUACUCUCUUUGGAGGACUUGAUAAUAGGCAACACCGUGUAACCUCUACUCUGUCUAAUGAAAAGACCAUUCUUUCUGCUUCAAAGCAAUUAGGAUGUGCUGAAAAUAUGGAUGUGAUUACUGCCAAUACAGAAGGACUUUUGCCAACUGGCACUAGCACAAGUAGCAUGAUAAAUCAACAGAAUCUCAGAAAGGAUUAUUCAGUCACUCACAGCACAGAUAGCUGUACACUAAGGACUUCAAGUUAUCACCUUGGUGUUCAGCAAAAGACAAAUAUGUCUUACAGUGAAAUAAAUAUAAAUAACAAGGAAGCAAAUAUGAACCAUAAAUCUGCUAUCAAGAUAACUAGCAGGGACUCCUCACAGUCACAAACUAGUUUUGGAGCUACUACAGGACCUGUGCCUCUUACUUCUGUCACUUCUGUACCAGUUCUCCAUGGUGAUAAAACUAAUUUCUCUGCAGAUAUGGAAAUGACCAAGAAUUAUACAGAUUUAAUCUGGGAACUACAUUCUAAAGGAACAGAUACCCCUCUUCAUGGAUUAGUUCAAAAACAGAGAAAUGAUGUUUUCAAGCUAAUGGACAGAACUGAUUUUAGAGAGAUUGAUAUGGACAUUACAAAAAAUCGUGUUUCUAUGAAUUCUUAUCUAAAUAGUAUGCACCAUUCUAACUUAUUCAGUAAAAUGACUGCUGCAGAUCAGGAAAAUGAUCACAAUAAUAUGGAGCUUUUAAAUCCAAGAGUAAAUCUUAGCUCUGCAAAAAACAUAAACUUAAAUUCAAGUCAAGUUUCCAAGAGUUUUAAAAAGCAGGUAGAGAGUCCAUUACUGGCAUGUACUACUGGUGGAAUCACUAAGUGGACUAAUUCAGCAAUAGGAGAUAGUACAAUUAAUAGAAAAAUGGGGCUUUUGAACACUACAAUAUCUUUAAUACCUGAACAUGAAAUUAAUACUUUCACUUCCAGUGAGAAUAUGGAAAUAACCAAAACUACAGCAUCCUUAAUACAUAAUUCUUUGAGGCCUGUUGGAUUCCAAGAUAUACCACAGCAGUUGACAGGUGCUACUAAGAAAAGUGUAACUGAUUCAGAUUCUGAUAAGAUUACGGCAUUUCCAUUUAGUGAAGAUAGUGAAAUGGAGAUUACCAAGAGCUGUACAGUACCAGUAAAUUACAACAUGCAGCAGCAUGAGAGAACUAUUGAAGUGUUUCCUUUAGAAUCUGUAGAUAAAACUGCUUAUACAUAUAAUGAUAUGGAUGAAACUAAGCCCAUAACAUGUAUAAUAAGUCAGCAUGUAGAAAAUUCUGGUGCCCAGAUUGUGCAAAAACAAAAUAAUGAAUCUCGUAGAAGAACUGGGUCAACCAAAGAUAGGACUCCUGUAUUUUCCCUCGAUGACGGGAAUGAAAUGGACAUUACCAGGAGCUACACAGUAGCAUUAAACCAUGAUGCUGUCACUUAUGCUGAAGAUAUGCCUAUUCUAUCAAUUGUACCUUCAAAUAAAACUAUCUUAUCUGCAUUAAAUGAUGAUGUGAAAAUAACUAAUCCUAUGGCAUGUGAAACUGAUAACUCUCUUAGAAGUGUAACUAAUUUCCUUAAUACACCAAAGCAGAAUGCAGGAACUGGAAAGAAAAGACUUGAGUCAGGCACUGAUAAGCCUGUUGCAUUUUCUCUGGAUGAAAAUGGUAAAAUAGAGUUUAGGAAGAACCUUACAGAGGCAGUAGAAAGAGCUCCUCAAGAAGAAACUUUAUUUUCUGAAGAGAAUACCAACAUUAAUAUAUCAAAUAAUACGGCAGUAAAUAAAAGCAUGCCUUUUGCUCCAGCAGAUAAAACUGUAAUGUUUAUGCAUAAUAAUGACAUGGAAAUCACUAAACCAAUAAGCAUGACAUCUAUCAAAGAUACUGGUUUUGAGGCUUUGCAGUUAAAAAACAAAAAAAAUGGCAAAGCAAUUCUAGUAAAAUCAGCCAAGGAAGGACCUGAUGCAUGUUUGCUGGAUGAAAAUGAGAUGGAGAUUACAAGGAGUCAUACAGUAGCAUUAAACUAUGAUAUCCAACAUACCAAGGUAGCUCCUCAGAAAUUGUUUUCAGAUCCUACAGAUAAAACUAAUAUGUCUGUGUACAAUAAUUAUGAAACAACUCAAUCCACAACUUUUGUUCCUGCAGAAAAAAACACAAUUAUGCAUAAUAAUGAUAUGGAAACAACAAAACCUUUAUCAACUGAAAUUUUAAAAAAUAGCGUGAAAUCUUUGCCACACAAAAGGAAUGGAAAUUGUGAAACUACAUUAGCAGAAUCAGUUAAUGUUUUUGCACAACAUGGUAAUGAAAUGGAGAUUACAAAAUGCCACACAGUAUUAGUUAACCAUGAUAAUGUCUCCCAUUACAAAAAGACUCCCCAAAUAUUUGUUCAGAAUAAUAUGGAUAUUGUAGGAUUCCCUACAGUUACCAAAAAUGCUGAAGAACAUUUUCAUAAGACUGAACCAGAAAAGAAUGCUGAACGGAAGUCCUCUUCAAAUCAAACAGCUAAUGAACCAGUGAAUGCUAAUAUGCAUGCAGUACUGUUUGAUAACAAAACAAUUGAAUAUUGCCAGGCAUCUAGCCAAUCUAAGCAACUUUUUCCUUUCAAUGAGACUAGUGUAUUCACAUCUUAUCAGGGUGGCACAGAAGUUAUUAACUUGCUUUCAAAUACUAUGAGUCGUGGGGAUCUGCAGGAAUUUAAGAAAGAAAUGCCAGAAAAAAAUAUAGAACAGAGUCAUGAAGAAAAGACAAAUAAUCUGGAAGUUACAAAAAACCGCACAGUUAUCAACAAUGAACGUAAUUGCUAUGUGCUGUCUGUUGAGAAACAGAUACCAAGCACCUCCAGAAUCCUAAAAGAAAAAACAGUUGCAUCUUCAGAUGAUGGGAACAUGGAGGUAAUUAGCAAUUACACAACAGGAACUGAAAGAAUAUAUAUGAAUGAUAGAAAUGAAUGUGACUUACCUUCCCUUGCUAUAUCUAAUGCUGAAUUCUCUUCUUCAGUGGUUGCUUGUGAAAAAAAAUUAAAUAUUGACAAAACUACAUCUGAAAAAUCCAUUGUCCAAGAGCAGCAGAACUUUUUGAAAACUCAACUAGAAUUUUGCACAGCUAAAAUUAAUCAUAUGCAAGAAAUUGUAUCAAAUGUAGAUUCAAAUAAAGGGAAUGAAUUUAUAUUUUCUAUGAAAAGGUCCUCUCUAGAGCCAAUCCUAUCUGAGGAAACUGCCCUUGAUUUAAACAGAGAAAAAAGCAGCCUGUUAGGCAGUGAAAGCAAAACUCUAAAAGAUGACCUUAAAAAGUUAUCUCAGUCAAGACAACUAGAUGAUACCACUGUAAAAGCAAUGGAUGCUCUUCCGUAUGAUGAUAAAAUCAGAAAGAAACAUGAAUGGGGCAGCUUUUCAAAAGAUCAGCAUAAUGACUUAGAAUCCAGCCAUGUAAAUAACUUACUUCCAGUGGAAGAGCGAGUCAUUUUACAUAAAGGGUCUAGUGUUAUUAACAACUGUCCAAAGCUACAAGAUGAUGAAAAGAAGCUAGAACUUGUUCUAUUCUCUUAUGAUGCUGAAUCCAGUCAUGGUGAAGAAUUGUCACAGCUGAUAAUGAAGCCGGAGAGCUCCUUGAAAUUGAAAGAAGAUAGAAGAACUGAAUCCAGUGCAAUGGCUUCUAAAGCAUGGGUAAAUACAAGUUCUACUGAGGGUAUUCCUCUCAGUGUACCUUUAAAUACAGGUAACAGUAAAAUAAAAAUAAUACCCCUGGCUAUAUUCCCACCUAAAUUACCAAAUAAAAGAAAAUCUGCGCUUUCCAACAUAGAAGCUACUGCUGCCGGACUGGAAAAAAGAACAGAAAUUCAAGGUUCAGAAGUCUCUUUAGUUACAAAGAGCUCCUCAGACAAAAUGACACAGAAAUUGGGUCCCUGUUACAUAGAUGAAGAACUGCUCCCUGCAUAUGCAGAGGAAGUGGAUUCUAAUGAGUCUUUAUGUCAAGAAGUGCCAGAAAAGUGUCAUGAUGAGGUAAAUGAAAAAAGAAUUGUCAAUAAUGAAAUGUUUGAAACUGAUCAAAAAUUAAAGAGAACAAGAAAUCAAGAAAAUGAGGACGUUCAAAACGAAAAAAGGUUCAAGUUAGAUAUGGACUGGAAUGAUAUCACAGAACAAAAGCAGACCCUCCAUAGCUCAGUGGUACCGCAUAACUACACAGAAACUGAUGAAAAUAAACAUAUUCCAGAAAUGGUGGCCACAGAACUGGAAAAGAAACAAAGCAGCAAGAACAACCUUUUUUAUUCACUUAAGGGUGAUUCAGAUUGCAAUAUUCAACAAAACAAUGAACUGGAGACUCAACUUCUCAUGAACAGUAUUUGUGAAGAAAAUUUGCAAGAGAAGUUGCUGGAAGGUACUAUCACAGUCCGUGAAUUUUUCACACUUCUCCAAGUCCAUGUUUUAAUACAGAUGCCUCGCCAGAGUCAGCUUCCGCUUAAGCACGCAGUCAACAUAGCAUCUAUCCCAGAAGAUGAGAUUCUCAGCCAGUGCAUCCAUCAUCCCAAAUUACAAGUUUAUAAUGAAGAUUGUCAAACUCUUGUAAAGACAAUAGAAGAAUUAAAACAUCAUGCAGCUGACCAAGAUAAACUUCUGGUGAACGUGCAUAAAAGUUUAUGGGAAGUAAUGAGAACUUGUUCAAAUGAAGAGUUGAGAGGCUUUGGCACUGAACUGAACAAAAUGAAAUCCUGUUUCACCAAGAAAAGUAAAGUUCUUGCUCACAAAGGAAAAGCAAAAUUAUAUGUGAAGUUGGUGCACCAUGCAAAGCUGCAAUGUGAAAAACUACAAUCAAGAUUAGCUAAAAUGGAUGAACUUCUGAAAGAAAUGGAUAGCUGUCUUUUUGCUCUGGAGACAGAAACUGCUAUUCUGGAUGAUCCUGAGUUGGAUGCCAAUUAUGCCACUGCAGAAUAUGAGUCCAAAAUGACACACAUUGAGAAAGAGCUAGAAAACUACAAAGCCCAAGAAGACAUUCUUCAAAGAAAUCAAUCAGAUCUCAGAGAUCAAAAACAACAGAUAAUUGCUGAAAUCAACCAUCUUCAAAGAUACGCAAGAAACUGUCAAGAACUUACAGAGAAAUACAACUUCUCUGAGUGGGUAAUGAAGGAAUGGAAUGAUCACCAGGCAGUGUUCACGUUCCUUUAUGAUUCUAUUGAGCUCACUGUUGGACUUAAAUGUCCCUUAGAUGAUGCUACUUUCAGAAACAAGUUCUCUUGGGAGAUUGUUAGUCUGAAUUUUGAAUCAUUAUUGGAUGAAACAAAAGCUUUGCCUACUGCAAAAAUUGUGCAUAAGCUCAUCUUUCAGUUUAUUGAUAGUCAAAAUUCAUGGCAAGAGAAAUGCUCAACAGUGUAUCACCUUUCUCAGAUGCUGCAAGAUCUCUCUCUCGUGGUGAACCGCUGUCAACUUCUAGGAGAAGAGAUAGAGUUUCUGACCAGAUGGGGUGGAAAAUUUUAUCUGCUGAAGACCGAAGUGAAUGAUACAAAGCAAGUGCUUGUCUAAUCUAGUUCUAUUCAUAUGUUUGGUACACUAUAAUUGAAAAAGCCUCCCCAGUCUGUAAAUAUUUGUUAUAACUCAAAUUAUUCCAUAGUUUUGUGCUUAACUGGUUAACACUGAAUUUUUACAAUGGUAAUUUUUAAAAUGAGAGCCAGUUUGGUGUAGUGGUUAAAGGCACCAGGCUAGAAACCAGGAGGCCGUUGAGUUCUAGUUCUUGCCUUAGCCACAAAGUCAGCCAGACAAAAGUCAGUCACUCUCCCUCAGCCCGAGAACGGAGGCAACGGCAAACCACUUCUGAAAUUGCUGACAAGAAAACUGCAGGGACUUGUCCAGGCAAUCACCAGGAGUCAAGACUGACUUGAAAGCAGCAAAAUAAAAUAAAAAGUUCAACAAUUUUCUGUAAAUAGUUUUCAAGGAGUGUAAUAGGAACAAAAAUGUACAGUUAUCCAAUAAGGUAUAUACAUUACAAAACAAAAACACAGUAAUUAAAGAACAGAGAGAAAUUCAAACAAUGGACUCAGGAACCCAAUUAAAACGAAUAGUAAACAAAAUAAAAAAUGUUAUUAAAAUAAAAUUAGACAGGCAGCUUUAAAAAAAGCACACCAAGCAAACAGAUCUGACAGUUGUUUUUUUAGCAGUGAAGCUUUGAAAGAUCUUAGUACUCACACGCAAUCUCUGUAUGUAGGUAUACCAUGAGAAAAACAUCUAAUAAGAGUUUUUGUUAGCAGUUAUUUUCA